UCAUUGAAAAAAUUAUUCAAAAUAAAGUCUUUCUAAACACUCUAGAAUCAUGUUUGGAACAUGUGAAGAACUUCUUGCACGAAUUCUUGCGAAACAUCAGGUUCAAGGAAUUCUUAUAUUAGAAAGAGCAAGUGAUAAUAUCAUUCAUACAACAUUUAAUGAUGAAAUAUCUACAUCAUAUGCUAAAUCUAUCAAAUCUAUGUUCUUAUCAGCUGAAACAUUAACAAAUAGUACAAAAUCUAAUAAUACACUUCAAUUCAUACGGAUAAAGACACAAAUAAAUGAAUUCAUGAUCGUUCCAGGUAAAGGAUAAGCAGGUAAAAAAUUGUUAUUUAUAUUUUGUAGGACCAGAUUAUUUUCUUGUUGUUAUAGUAUCAAAUUAAUAAAUGAUCUACAAACACUAUAAUAUAUCAAAAUUCAAUAAACGCUAUAAAAUCUAUUACAAAAUUAUUAUUUGUUAUAAUUAUUUUGG